GCGCGCAGACCCUCCGGUCAAUACUCGACGCGGCGCGGUCGAGGGAAGAAGCGGUAGUUUGUGGUUGAGCGAAAGAACGAACAAGCAAGGAUUUGAGAAGAAUGGGGUUUCCCGUAUUUACCAGAUAUUGAUACCCUUCAACAAGGAAAAACACCCAUAAUCCCAUUCCGUUCCUUUUAAAUAUACCCCCUUUCCCCAUAGAGGGGCUUAGGAGUUAACGCACUUUCGAAAUUAGUGUUUCGUAAAUACGUGAUUUGAUACAGUUCUGAGAAUUGCACUGGUAAAUUAUGUGACUUAUAUAAGGGUGUAUACACCCUAACAAUAAGCUACGAAUUCUUGCCAUAACGAAAUUAAGGAACACAGCGUCUAGUGUUGUAAACUUCAAACAGGACGUUUCAUCUUCCGAGUUUAUAAGUAUUGCAUAUUUAACUUCCCUUCUGUAUUCAUAUAUGAAAAAUACCUACACCGGAAUUUCUUAGAUUCAGUGAUGUGCGAUUUCACCAUAUUUUUCUCGGCAUUUUAUCAUUAUCUUCGUCUUGUGUGUGCCUGCAUUUCGCUGUAACUUCGCAAUCGGUGAGAAUCAACGCAAAGAGGAAGAAGGAAGUAAUUUGACCGGCGUUGGGAAGAGAGAGUGAUGGAUCUGUGGAUAUUACUUCUGCUUGCGAUAGCUGGUGUCGCAGGUACAGUGGAGGUCCAUUUCGAGAAUAAAGACGGAGGUUUCUUCCUCAAACACAUACCUCGUCAGUAUUACCCCGCUGUCGCUGAUCUGGCGGGGGCAUCCGGGGGCAUGGGAUCUCUUCUAGGACCCCGAGGCGGAGCUCUGACCAGCACUAGCACUGCCAGCAAUAGUGGUGCCACCUCAUCCGUCCUCAGUGUUGACAGAUUCACCGUGUUCCAGACCUCACAGCCUAUUUCAAUACGCGCUACGUACGGGCCAUUCUCUACAAAACAAACUGUUCCUGCUCGGUACAUAGUUCCAGACCCAUUAGACUCCCUGCCACUCCCAGAGAAACCUCAGCUACAUGCAACCAAUGCUAGCACGUCAACAUCCCCAAUCCUUGUCGACAUGGAUCUCGCGGCUUCCUCUACGCAUCACUUGGACAUGAGCGCCCAUAUCGUCCGGACCGAGAUUCCCCGAGAUUCUCCUGUGCUCCGAGUCCUGUUUCAUACUGGAUCGGAUCCCGGAGGGAGAAGACAGCUGCUUCUGAGGAAUCACCAGCGGGUAUGCAUUGUUCUGCACGCUACGCUGGGCGAUAGACCCGCUCUGACAGCCGCGUGCACCCCGGACGGUGAAGACGGCGUGUGUCUUGCUCAAGUGACAAUUCCUGCGAACUGGUGGGCCCCGCUGCCACCCCCAGAUAAGACCGGAAGGGCUGGGAAACCCGUGAAGACCCCACAGCGUCUGGUUCAGGUAGCAUAUUCCGUGCUGGAGCCGCGCACUGGUGCAGAUGGCGAAGGCGCGAUGGAUGAUGGCGGUUGCAUCCCUCGAGUUCAGAUCCAGCCCAUGACUCCACUUGCCGCUGUUCCGCUUGUGCCAGCCAGGUCCGCGUACCGUGAGCUGCGGUCCGAUGACUUGAUGACGAUGAUGGUGCCACACGGACCGCUGUAUCCGCUCUCGCGUCUCCACAUCCCCGUGUUCCUCCAGCCACUUCCCGAGUACCCCAUCUCCGUGUUCAUCAUCAGGGCCAGAGUGAAGAGCGGCCUGAGGCUACUGGGAGCGGAUGCAAGCACGGACCAAUGGAAUGUCAGCGUAGAUCUGAACCCCAAGCACACAGUAGCGACAGCAACGGCCGUCCGGCGCGACACCAAUGCAGGCCAACAACCGGGACAACAGAAGACACUGCCAAGGGUGGAGGAAGUGUUCUCCUGGCUGCUUGAGGUGGUGGAGGACAGCUCGGACCUAUGGGACGGCGGCCGAAUUGUGUGGAGUAUCCGGUACGUCCUCGAGGGAGCUGAAAGUAGGACAUCGUUUAUGCGUGGGGGAGUGAAUAUCCGGCAGAUGCACGGUGGUCAUAGCCAUCACGCACUGAAUGGUGGUAGUCGAUCUAGCGCCAAGCAUCGGCCGUUACGAGAUGGACUUUUGGAGGAGACUCGCCGGAAACUCACUGCACGACUCGAAAUUCAGAAAGAUGAUAUCCAGUCGGUGCUACCAAUAUCAAAGAACUGGGACGUGAUCAACACAGCCGUGCUAACAGGACGUCAGGUUUCUCAGGCCAUGAAAGUGUUCAUCGUGAGUCAGGCAGGCAAGGUCGCAGACGUCACCCUGCAGUCAUCCUGUCAUUCAGAGGACGAGAGCGUGCUCAAGGUAUCAUCAUCAUGCAGUUCUGUGUAUGUGGAUGGCUCUGAAAUUCGUGGAUCAUCUAAUGCCUCAGUCCUGGUUAAAUAUGGCACCUACACUGGCCUAGCCAAAUUCACAGUAUGGAUGCCAGAGUUUCCCUUGGAAGUUAAUGUGGCUGACUUUCGCCUCAGCCAGGUAAAGGGCUGGAAAGUGCCUGAAGAACAUGUAAGUGGUGCAAAAAUUAAAAGGUCAUUAGAUGAUAAUCAUAACAAUCGACCUGGAGCAUACAGAGGUUGGCCUAACUCUGGAGUCAAGCUGCCAGAGGAUGUAGGAAAUGGUAUUGAUCAAGAACGUCACACAACUUGUCGUCUCCGUUUCCAGCAAAGUCCAGUAGAGGUGUAUGCCCACUUUCUGGCUACAGACCAUGAUUCUGGCAGGGUCAGUUAUUUUGUAAGCCGUCGAACUUCGCUUCGCGUCACUGAUCUAGUGCUGAGUUUACUGCGAGUAUCUGAUCCACGGAUAGCAAGUCUGCAUGGAUGUAUUUUACAAGGUCGGAGCAUUGGAAGAACAGAGGUCCAGGUACUGUCACCCAUCACAGGAAGAGUAAUAGGUGCAAAGGAAGUGCGAGUAGUCAGUGACAAAGUGAGCAUAACAAGGCUUCAAGUGAGAGUGGUCUCAGGGUUGCAGCUGUCCAUUGUGCCAGACAGUGCAGUAGAGAAUGGUUACAUUGCAGAGACUUCAGUGACUAGGAAGCUGACAGCUCAGUACCAGGAAGGGUUGUUAGACAUUGACCUGGAGUUCUCGGAUGGAUUUAGAACUCCACUUCGUGACAUCACCGUGAGUGACUACUACCUUCUGGUGGAUAGUUUAGACCCUGAAGUGGUUGCCUUUGCUCCAAUGGUAGCUUCCCAUCAUCCUCGUGUAAUAGCAGUUGGUGAGGGUCGGGGUGAUCUGCUGCGAGUGGCCCUUCUGCCAGCUGAAGAAUGUCGUGGAAGUACAUCAACACGUCGAGGCGGUGCCAGCAGUGGAGCUGGUAAAGGUAUUAGCAAGGGAAACAUAGGAGGACCACUAGCAGCUGCUUCAGCCCAUGUUGAUGUGGACUUUUCAGCCAGUGAAGUUCCACAAAGACCUGACUUUGUGCAGAAUGAUGGAGGAGGAAAUGUAGGAUCAGGUCAUGGUGGACGGGACAGAAAAAAUAACAGAGAGCUGCCUCCUGAUCUGCAUGACAUUAUAAAAGGGAUUCAACUGAAGGAUGAAAACAACCAUGAGCCAACAGUUCAGGCACAUCAGCACCAUUCAGCUAUUGCUAAUGGCAUGGCAUCAGGAGUUGGAAUGAGACCUCACAACUCCAUGAAUAUGACUCCUCUUGAAAUUGGAAUGUAUGUGCUGCUGGCAGCCUUCUGCUUUGCCAUUGUGGUGUUUGUUGUGUCAUGUGUUGUGUAUGCAUCCAAGUUUAAACCUCAAGCUAUAGAAUCUUCAGGUCAUAACACCACUGGCCUUCAGAGUUUGGGCGCUGCAGUUAGUAAAGUUGCAGGAGGCAGUGGAAUUAGUGGAAUUGGUCUUGGAGGUAAUGGUCAUCUUGGAGGGAAGAAACAGCCAAGAGAAUCUACAACAAAUGCACAUGAUUGGGUUUGGUUAGGCAGGGCAACUCUUGAACGAGCAUCAAGUCAUGUGGUGACAGGUGAAAACUGUAGCCCUGGCAGAACUCCACCUGUCUGCAGUAGCAACAACAACAACAUUACUGGUAAAGAUCAGAUGCAUAUCACUUCCAACCCUAUGAGUUACAGCACAGCAGAGAACAUGGAAAAUGAACAACAGAAUCUAGCACCUUGUUUUGACAACCCUAAUCAUAUUGAUCUGCCAUCUAGACCACCUGCCAUUGACAGCUCCACGUACAGUAAAAAGGAGAAGAUUCCAAGUAGACAUCAUCCUCCUACCCCAAAGCAACAUCAUAAGGCUCACCAUGUGACCAAGGACUCUGCUGCAGAUAAACUGUGGCAAAUCACACCUCCUCCUCCUCCACUUCCACCACAUGGCAUUCCACCAGAGAAGCAGCAGCAUCAUGGAGAAAAUGCUGAAGGAACUGAGGCAGCAGACUACAAGCCUCCAGUUCCACCUCAUCGCAAUAUAGGAGUGACAGCUCGCAUUGGUCCUUCAAGACAGCCAGGUCCAGUACCAGGAUUCUUACCACACCAUCAACAGCCACCACCUCCACCUCCGCCACCACCACCAUCACCACCACCACCGCCGCCACCACCACCACCACCACCGCCAUCACAGCAUCAGUUAGACAGUGGCAUUGCCCAAAUAACUGCAGAUCAGAGGGUCAGUGCAAUCCCUGCAACUGUGGUGGCCCCAAUAUCAGUCCCAUCCCGACGCCAUCACCACCACCAUCACCAUCACAGAAACAUCAGCAACAAUCACCGUAAUGGCAAAUCCAGCUCUUCCGGACACCACUAUGCAGCUGAUUCAAUUGCUGCACCUAAGCCUCCAGACCACCUACUUGAGGAGACCAACAGUAGGCAGAAGAACUACAACCAAGAAUUAACCAACCUCCAGCAGCUGAGGUACCACCAUUCCAAAGAUGCUGUCAAAAGGCAGUCCAAAGAAGGGGCAUAUAUUAUGUCUCAGAAAGAUGAAGAUGAGGAGGAAGAUGCCCUUCCUGAUCCAACAUUUGUAGAGUUUCCAACUGAAACUAACAUGGGUUGUGGUGGAGUCCAGCAUAGGGGUAGCAGUCCAGAAGUGAAGCGAGCAACAAUAGUGGGAAACCCUAUGUUCUCUGCUACAGAAUAUGAUGGAGAAGGAGAAGAUUUCAGGGUGCGUGAGGAACUUCUUGGUCUGGAGGACCUCAGUCUUGGUAUGGACUAUGACCAAAUCAUGGAAUACUUCGAUAAUCUGAAGGAAUCUAAUGCUUGAAUUCAGCUCCACAUCCCCUGCCUGCAUUGGUGGCUGCAGCUGAAAUAAAACUAAUAUUCUGACUGAAAUAAACUACAAAUGCAACAUCCAUUUAAGGAUGUAAAUGAAAAGUGAUCUUAUUGAUUGUGUUUUCAAAAGUGAUAACAUUCAUUCUACUCUAGUCAAAAAUUGUUGCUACUGCUUAAAACAGAAGCACUGUCAAGCUCCAUAAACUUAGAAGUAAGACUUUUAUCUCAUAAUAAAAUUACAUGAGCCAAAUAACUAUCCUCAAAACCUCACUUAUCUUCAUGUGCCAUUUAAAUCCGUAUAGUGGCUGCUAUACCCCAGUCAAUGAGUAAUAUACUAAUCAAAAAAUCAAACUGUGAGCAAGUUAAAUGUAUCAUAUCUGAUCAUAACAACUUGUUUAAUUUCAUCAUAUAGCUUUAAAACAGAUCAGAAGACAUUCCUCAAUUACAAAGUCAAUCAUGCAUAAUUUCUUUUUCAUUGUACAUAAAUAUGUUUUGAUUUGAUAGGUACUAAUAUUAUUAUAUCAUAUCACAGUCAUUAUCUAUCAAAGCAUGGAAAAUCAGAGAGCAUGUUGAAUGGAUUUCAGAGUAUAAAGUAUUAUGGUUGCUAGGUUGUCAGAUGUGACCAAUCAUAAAUGUAAAGUAAUUAUUAUAGAAUAUUUGAUGUUCCUAUUUUCCCACCUGAAUAUUUACAAACAGCCAAAAAUGCAAAGAAGAAAAUUUGGUAUCUGGUAAAAAACUAAGAAUAUCUUCAUUGGCCUUUCUGUUAAUAAGAGUAUCAUACAGUCAUUAUGCAUCAUAUGACUUGUUUAAUUUGAGCUUAACAAUUGUAUAAAUGAUCAUCUCCGUAGUUGUAUUAUGGAAAUGAUUACUUCUUCUUUCUUUAUAUAGCUACAUUUUAGAUAUUUAUUGCAGUUUACCCUUGUAAAUUUUGCGUUGUAAGAUUUUGUAAAUAUAGAAAUGAUUCAUAUUAUACGCACCAUGACAUUGUUACACAUUUUAUAUAAACAUAUUAACCUUUACCAAAUUUAUAUACAUAUGAAAGAGUAACUGUAGUAGAUGUUUCCUUUUCUUGAUAUUUUCUUUUGAAGUCCUAUCAUGGACAUCUUAUAAAUGGCAUGGUAAUCUGUAUCCUUUCAGUACUGUUUCAAAAUUUGCUGGCAUUGGCAGUAACAGUUCUUGCUAGACUCAUAACUGAACUUAGAGUGUAGAAUUAAUUAUACCAUUGUUACUAUAAGAAACCUUAUCUUCGAUAUUGCCAGGUCUAGUCUGAAAUGAAUAAAAGAAAUCCUCCUAUACAAUGGUAAAUUGUGUGACGUUGUUUUAGAAUAAAUAUGAAUAAAAAAGUUUGUCCAUAUCGAAAUGUCAGUUGCAUUUGCAAAAUAAGUAUAGCACUGGUACUGAAUCAGGUAAAUAUGUUCUGAACUUGCUGUUAAAUAUUGAAUCAUGCAAUCUGACAUAUUAGUGUGUUAGUGUUUCCAUUGAUGAUCUAUGUACACUACAUGUAAUGUGCAAGUGUGUUGACAUAUCUGUUGGUAGAUAUACAUAUGACACAAUGAUUGAAUAGCAGUUUGUGAAAGUGUGACUUCAGAACUUCAUUUAGCUUUCAUACAUCCUCAGAACUCAUAGUGCUAGCAUUACACUAACAACUGUAUGCAGUCUUGUGCUCAACAUACCUCACUGGCAUCUAUGUUGCUGAAUAUCUAUCAGUGCUGAAUGUGGUGUUUCUUUCUAAGUAAGGAUGAAAUAAAAUGGCACUUGUAUGUCACCUUAAUGGAUGACUAGAUCAGCACAGUCAUUCAGUACUGCAAUGUAGACCUUUCUGUCUGUAAACUCUUGAAGUGUAUGAUAACAGAAUGAAAAUGUUAUGUGUACGUGUACAUAUUAAUGUCAAUUAACGUAAUGUUAAUGAAUAUGUAUACAGCUAUUGUCUUACUAAGUAGAUGCAUUCUCAAUGGGGCUAUCACGACUAUACAUAGAACAGGCUCACCCAUGGAUACUCAGCUGAUGAGAAAGUGAAAUGACCAGAGAGAGAUAACACUGUACAUUUUGAAAAAUCCCUUCAUUGCUUAAUUAACAUAAUGUAUUAGAUUUCCUCCUUAUGUAUGUUACAAAAAAUUUAAUAUUGUUGUGCACAGAGUCCAGCAAACAGAUCCACAUUCUAAUCUUUGCAUCCAGUUUGGCCCCACAGGUCAAGCAGCCUAUGGGAUCAAAUGAUAGCAGUCAGUAAUGAAUGUGCUGACUGUUUAACGUUUAAUAUUAUUGUAUGCCUAAUGUCUUCAAUACAAAUAAAACCCUUUGUAAUCCUGAUUGUCUAUUCAGCUACUGUAUAUAGAAGUAAGUAUAGUUCUGAAUUGAAGUACCAUAUCUGUAUGAGGGCAAGUAAGAAUGUAAAUUUUCCUACUUUCUUUGCCAGGGAACAGAUAAAAAGAAAGGAUGGAAAAUGUGAGGUGUUAACAAUACAGCAUGCUUUGUGGAGGCAUGGCGAAUAACAUAUAUUGUAUGCAUGCACAAGGCCAGUUCCAAAAUGGGUAGCAUACUAUAGACAUGGACAAAAGAAGGGGUUCCUAGAUAGUAUUCAGUUUCUAUUGGCUAAUGAACCAUACUAGGGACAUACUGAUAUGUAUGAUGACAUAAUAUCUGCAAAUGGUGAGAAAACGUCACUAAUUCUCAUCAUUGAUCAGGUUUCGUGGAUGAUACUGGAAAUGGCCAAAACUCCACAUAAUCUGCCCUGGUUCCAUUCAUCAAUGAAUAAGUUUGUAUUGUCACAUAAUUUGGGGUGCGUGACUAUAGAUGGGGUAUGGACUGGAUAUUGAAUUUAUUGACAACUUGUAUACACCAUUCGAGACUACAUUUUACAGAUCACUGAUACACACAGACUAGUGUCCUCAGUCUAUUUCAGCUUCCCACACUCAUGUCUUCUUGUCAUAGCUGCCUGUGCAGAACUUGUCAACUGACAACUCAGCUGACUAGGUCCCAGGCUGGAGGUCAUUUCACAUCAUCCUCCUAGUCUUCUCUUCAUAGGCUGACUUUCACUGAGAACUGACAACUGAACUGUCUCACACCAACCAGCUACUUCACAUCACUUCACUCAAGUGAACUGUUGACUACUGACUACAGCAAAGUCAAGUCACAUUGCAACUGACGAUCAGUCACUAAGUCAUGGUGU